CCCCUUUCUGACUUCAUAGCACACCGGAGAAUCCUUGUGGAUAAACGAUGAUGACUUCGAUGCUAUCGAUCGUCUUCCUCCUUCUUCCUUGGGCCAUUGCUUCUCUUCUAUUGCCGAUUGUAUCUUCCACGACGGAGACGCCCACUCCGACCCCAUGGCCUCUCCAAUUUCACUCCAUUUUGUUCAUGAACUAUAGUGGAUCCCUUCAGAAGAUCGAUCUCUGGUACGAUUGGCCCAACGGUCGCAACUUCAACAUCAUACAGGACCAGCUUGGUGAUAAGAUUCUCUACGACCUCGAAUGGAACAACGGCACCUCCUUCUUCUACACAUUGGAUUCUUCCAAGGAGUGCAGGUCUGUUCAGCUCGAGGUUGGAAUUCUUCGCCCCAAUUGGUUGGAUGGUGCUAACUAUUUGGGUCAAAAAACUGUGGAUGGCUUCCUGUGCAAUGUUUGGGAGAAGGUCGAUUUCAUUUGGUACUAUGAAGACGUUGUUUCCAAAAGGCCUGUUCAUUGGGUCUUCUACACUGGUAGACAGGCGCAUGUGAUGACAUUUGAAGUGGGAGCUGUACUGGAGGAUGCCAAGUGGCAAGCUCCUGUCUACUGCUUUGAUAAGAAGAAUAAGUCUCUUGACGACGCUGCCACUCUCAGGGAUUCUGUUCUAAGGAAUGGUGUUAAAAAGUGAACAAAUAAUUUACAAGAUACUCUUCCAAAGCACAGUGCGGUGUCCAUUGAACUUAAUUUAUGAAAAGCUCGCUUGGUUAAAGCAUCACUUUCUUGCCACGUUCAUUUGUAGCAGCACAAGAAGCGAACAGAAUCUCACCACUAUGGUUGGCAUAUUCCAUGCUGUAACCAGGCCACUUGAUUAGUGACAAUGAAGGUAAACAAGUUUCAAUGUUUCUGAUAAAGUGAAUUCUUGCGCUUCAAUUUUGCACUAAUAAAUAAGUACAUCAUUAAAAUCUUGUGUCUUCUGUAUAUCGAACUUCCUAGUUGCGAAGUGUCGAAUGUCUAAUGGCAAAACGGCUUGUAUUUAUGGUGCAAUUAGCUUAUCGGACACUUUGGUACUUUGGCCCGUACGGUGUGGCUUCCAUAUCUCCUUUAAUUUAUUGCCAUCUAAUUCGAUUUGUUGACAAUUUUCUUUUCCA